UGUGUGCUGAUUAAUGACGUUCAAAUCGGCAUCUUUUGGCAUUACUGGUAGUUCAGUGGAAGUGAUACCAUGAGAGCAAGCUGUGAUUAGGAUUUCUCUGUGCCUACAAUUGCCGUCUGCAUGCUGUAGUGGAGUCUGGGAUCCCGUCUGAUCUUGGCAGUGCAACUGAGGGAGGAGGAGGAGGAGGAAAGAAGGGUGUGCAGAGGACUUUCAGUCACAAAGGCAUUCUCUCCAUUCUGCAGCAAAGUGAGCUGCAGUCCUACUGCAGGGCACCUCCAAACCCUUGUGACUCCAGGACAAACUCAGCUCCUAGAGUGGAAGCAUGUCUGUGGUUUGAUUUGCCCUGGAUAGAGACCCAUUCUUCAGACUUCCUGAUGAUUGCUGACUGUUGUACCUCAUUCCUAUUGAAAGAUUUUUUUCUAAUCCCAUCCGGAUAUGACAGUAGUCUACUUUAGCAAUAUGCUUGAUUGGUCAUAAAGGGAGGCUCGUGUACAAAAAAGACAAACAAUUGGAGGUGCUGUGAGCAACAGGGGAACGACAGAUGCAGGCAUGAUCCGUAAUCAUAGGAUAUCUCAAGAUGAACUCUUCUGUACAUGGAAGUAACAGCAGUAGCAGUAGCCACCCCUUCUGCCUGCUGGGGAUUGGAUUCCAUGAGGCUAUUCCAGUCUGCAUCUUAGAAGUGGGUAUAAUCAUCUUCCUCACUGUAUUGAUCAUCUCCGGCAAUUUGAUUGUGAUCUUCGUCUUCCACUGUGCUCCUCUACUCAACCACCACACCACUAGCUACUUCAUACAGACAAUGGCAUAUGCAGACCUUCUUGUUGGUGUAAGCUGUUUGGUGCCUUCUUUUUCUCUUCUUUACUACCCUGCUGUCCUCCCGGAGUACUUUGUGUGCAGGAUGUUUGGAUAUGUGGUAUCUGUUCUGAAGAGUGUGUCUAUGACAUCUUUGGCCUGUAUUAGCAUCGACCGGUACAUUGCUAUCACAAAACCUCUGACGUAUAACACACUUGUCACAGCAUGUCGGCUGCGCUUCUGCAUCCUGCUCUUAUGGGUAUAUUCAUGUGCAGUGUUUCUGCCCUCAUUCUUAGGAUGGGGGAAGCCUGGCUACCAUGGGGAUGUGUUUCAAUCCUGUGCCAACUUGUGGCACACUAGCCCAUACUUCACUUCCUUCAUUGUGAUCAUGCUGUAUGCUCCAGCAGCCAUCAUUGUUUGCUUUACCUACUUUAACAUCUUCCGGAUCUGCCAGCAGCACACUAAGGAGAUAAACGAUAGACGGAUCCGCUUCAGUACCUCAGAAAGUGAACCUAGCCAGGGGCAGCCCAGCCCAGACAAACACUAUGCCACAGUUCUCUUCCGCAUCACCAGUGUUUUCUAUAUUCUCUGGUUGCCCUACAUCAUUUACUUCCUCCUGGAGAGUUCCAAGGUCUAUGCAAACCAAACUGCAUCUUUCCUUACAACCUGGUUAGCUAUCAGCAAUAGCUUCUGUAACUGUGUCAUCUAUAGCAUGUCUAAUAGUGUUUUUCAAAAGGGACUGAAGCGACUCUCUGGAACUGUGUGUGCAUCAUGUUCUAGGCAAGGGGAGAGUCAUGACGUAAGCAAGAGACACACUGAUGGCUGCAACCCUUGACCAGCACACACCGUGGACCGAUCUCUUAGUUUAGGAUCUUGUUCCUCAACUGUGUUCAGUAAACCUAGUCUGUGCCAAUAAAUGUUCAAAACAGGAGUUGCCUUUUUUAAGAAUUGACUUUAUAUGCUCCCAUUGUUCGUUUGCAGUAAACGGUGGUAAAUACACUUGGUGGUUCAAGGGCAUACCUAAUAUCAGGCCCAUACUGGGAUAUCCGUGCUGUUACCACGUGUGUAUUGUGAACAUGAUUGGUGCUGUUUAUCUUGUGAUCUGCGGAUAUAUGACAUUCUAUCAGUAAAUGGAAGUGCAUAUUUUAUGAUUAUAUUCCCCAUCCUAUCAUUCCAUGUUUUGCUCAAUUUAAACUACAGAUCAGAGGUGCAGCUCUAAAUUUCAACGUUUUAUCUGUGAAUGGAAAGGUUUUUGGUGCAUCCAUAACGGUUUUAUCCUUGACUUGCAUCUUUUAUGGAGCUAAAUAUUUGGAUUCACAUUAUUAUUCCACCCAACUGUCCCGUUUUCUGCAGGACUGUCCCGAUUGUGACAGCUCAACCCGCAGUCCCAGAUUUUUACUGAGA